AUGAGGCUCCCAAGUCUGCUUUGUGGCAUUUUUGCCAUUGCUUAUUAUGCUGUUCGCGAGGUAUCAGGUCAAGAUUUUGCCACUCAUGGCUAUUAUACCGAGCCCAAUACAGGUAUUACAUUUUAUACAAGCAAUGAAGUCAAUGGCACAAUCGUUGGCGAUGGAGAACUUUCAUGGGUUUCACAGGGAGGCUACACUUUCGGAAUGGCAUUACCACCCAGUGCAUUGACUACGGACUCGUAUGAUUAUAUUGGCUUGAUUGUGAGUCUCGUCAUCUCUAGUUAUACCCCCUGUUUUCGUGCUGAUUGGAAUAAGAUUGGAUCACUUCCCGAUGGCACAGGGUGGAGUGGUGUUGUUCAUGGCCAACAACUUAGUGCUUCAAUGCCAGGACAUCUGCUACUAAUUGCUUGGCCUUACAAUGGUCAAAUCAUAACUUCAUUCCGCUACGGCUCUUAUGCUACACCUGUCCUGUAUGGCGGAUCUGCGAGCGUAUCGCAGCUCUACUCCUCUGUCAAUUCUACACACUGGGUUCUCGUCUACAAAUGUACCAAUUGUAACAAAUUCGAUGAUCCAACUCAGACGGCGUACAAUGUUAGCACAUCGGCAGGUGGCUUUGAGUACGGAUGGGCCCAAAACGUUGGGGCUCCGGACAAUCCUGCUGAUCCUGCCAAUGCGGUUAUAUAUCAGCACAACAAUGGCAUGGGCGAAUUUUCAAUUAAAGUAGCAUCUGCAACACAUUCUUCUUACUCUCAAUGGGCCACCAGAUCCGCCACUAUCACAGCAACUACUGGUACAGCCACUGCGACUGCUACUUAUUCCACGGCGCCAAUUCCAACUUCCACGUCUUAUGACUAUAUUGUUAUUGGUGGAGGGGCUGGAGGAGUUCCAAUGGCGGACAAACUCGCACAAAGUGGAAAAUCGGUUCUUUUGAUAGAAAAGGGGGUGGCUUCUUCGGCUAGAUGGGGCGGGACGAUCCGACCUGAAAGUGGCUGGCUGUCUGGAACUAAUCUCACGUGGUUUGAUGUGCCGGGAGAGUGCAACAGAAUCUGGAAUGGAGGAACCAUUGGUGUUGCUUGUGACGAUAUCGAUCAAAUGGCUGGAUGUGUUCUUGGUGGAGGUACCGCUGUCAAUGCAGGGUUAUGGUGGAAUCCAGAUCCAACAGAUUGGGACUACAACUUUCCUCCUGGAUGGCAAUCUAAAGAUGUAGCAGCAGCUUCUGCGAGAGUUUUCAGCACAAUCCCCGGCACGGAUCACCCUUCAAUGGAUAACAAAUUAUACCUUCAGUCAGGAUAUAACGUCGUUGCAGGAGGUCUGAAAAAUGCCGGCUGGACAAAUGUUACGGCGAACAGCGUACCAGCUCAGAAAAACCGAACGUUCUCCCACACCACAUACAUGUACAUCAAUGGGGAGCGUGGUGGACCACUAGCAACCUAUCUAGUGGAUGCAAACAAACGCUCCAACUUUCACAUGUGGCUCAACACUAGUGUCAAAAGAAUCAUUCGUGACGGAGGACAUGCAACUGGUCUACAGCUCGAAGCUACAAAUAAUGGCGGCCGACAAGGAGUGGUCAGUUUAACUGCAGUCACAGGCCGAGUGAUAGUAGCAGCCGGUGCAUUCGGAACUCCCAAACUUCUCUUCAGAAGUGGAAUCGGUCCCACAGAUCAACUAAAUGUAGUUCUUUCCUCGACCGACGGACCAACAAUGAUCAACUCAAGCUACUGGAACAAUCUCCCCGUCGGAUACAACCUUGACGAUCAUCUCAACACCGACACCCAAAUCUCGCAUCCAAAUAUAUCCUACUAUGACUGGGUCGCCGCAUGGAAUACGCCCACCACCACAGACGCCACCAACUACCUCACCAAACGCACCGGACCUCUCGCCCAAGCAGCCCCAGACAUAGGUCCCAUAUUCUGGGAUCAAAUCACCCCCAGCGACGGCAUUCCCCGCGCCAUCCAAUGGACGGCCCGAGUCGAAGGCGACGUCCCUACAGCCAUGACCCUCUCUGCUUAUCUUGGACGUGGCCAGGUCGGUCCCCGCGGCAGAACAACAAUCAGUAAAGGUCUAACCAUGUCCGUAUCGACCAUGCCUUGGGGAAACACCUACGAUCUCGCUGCAGUCGCUACCGCCAUCGAUCAUCUAGUCUCGGCAUUAUCAACAGUUAAAAACCUGACGUUUAUUUAUCCCCCACCAGGUACUACCGGCACGCAAUAUGUAGCGAGUGUACCGCUUACGUACUCGAAUAUUGGGGCGAGACGCGCGAAUCAUUGGUUGGGAACUGCCAAAUUAGGAACAGAUUCGGGGUUGGUUGGGGGGACGGCCGUGGUGGAUUUAAAUGCACUCGUUUAUGGAACGGAUAAUAUUCAUGUUGUGGACGCAUCCAUCUUCCCAGGUAUGCCCUCGACAAACCCCAGCUCCCUCAUCGUCAUAGCCGCCGAACACGCGAGCCAGAAAAUCCUCGGUCUGCCGAUCCUCAAAGCAUUACCGCAAUUUGCGCAAUGUGGAGGAUUGUAUUUUGAUUAUACGACAGGGGCUGCGUGUGCGGCGCCGUGGCAUUGUGCUGUGGGGAAUUCUUAUUAUUGGCAGUGUUUGUGA